CAAGGUCUCAUGAUGAUAAUCCGGUCUCCUCUACUCCGUAAAAGAAAGAUGGAUUUCUAUAGCACUUUGCUAUGUCUUUGCUGCACUUGGGUCAUCUUCCAAGCCUUCCGCAAAACUCGAAGCACUGCAAUUUCGAAAAAGCUUCCACCAGGUCCAAAACCAUUUCCAAUAAUCGGAAACCUCUUGGAUUUGGGUGACAAACCCCACAAGUCGCUAGCCAAGCUUGCCCAGAUUCAUGGCCCCAUAGUGAGCCUAAAGCUAGGCCAAGUAACAACAAUAAUCAUUUCCUCGGCAGAGACGGCAAAAGAAGUUCUUCAAACGCAUGAUCAACUGCUGUCCAGCCGCACAAUCCCGGAUGCAGUUCGAGCCCACAAACAGGAUGAGUUUGGCUUGCCAUGGAUACCAAUUUCUACCCAGUGGAGGAACCUUCGCAAAAUCUGCAAUGACCAGCUAUUCUCCAAGAAAGCACUCGAUGCCAACCAAAAUAUCCGAGGCAUGAAACUGCAAGAGCUCCUUGCCGAGACUCGUCAAAGCAGCCUAUCUGGAGAGGCAGUAGAAAUUGGUAAGGCGGCUUUCAAGACUACGCUUAAUCUGUUAUCGAACACUGUUUUUUCAGUGGAUUUGGCCAAUCUGAAUUCUGACACAGCUAGAGAGUUCAAGGAGAUUGUCUGGAAUGUCAUGAUAGAGGCAGGGAAACCCAACCUUGCAGAUUAUUUCCCUCUGCUUAAGAAGAUCGACCCUCAACGGGCAAGGCAGCGCAUGACAGUUUACUUUGGGAAGCUAAUGCAUCUCUUUGACCACAUGAUUAGCCAACGAUUGCAAGAGAGAGAGGUGGCUGGUUCAGCUAAGUGCAAUGAUAUGUUAGAUACCCUUCUCAACAUCAGCGAAGAGAACAGUGAGGAGAUGGACAAAACUAAGAUAAAACGUUUGUUUUUGGACCUAUUUAUUGCAGGCACUGAUACAACUUCAGCCACACUGGAAUGGGCAAUGGCAGAACUACUCCACAACCCAGUGGCAUUGUCAAAAGCCCAAGCGGAGCUGGAACAAGUUAUUGGCAGAGGCAACCCUGUAGAGGAAUCGGAUAUUACGCGAUUACCUUACUUACAAGCCAUAGUCAAAGAAACGUUUAGAUUGCACCCAGUAGUUCCACUUUUACUACCCAGGAAAGCAAAAGCAGACGCUGAAAUUAAUGGUUACACAAUCCCAAAGGGUGCACAAGUCCUAGUGAAUGCGUGGGCCAUAGGUCGAGACCCAAGCUUAUGGGACAAUGCAAAUUCAUUUAUGCCAGAGAGGUUCUUAGGUUUGGAAAUUGAUGUUAAAGGCCGGAACUUUGAGCUUAUACCCUUUGGUGGAGGAAGGAGAAUAUGUCCUGGUUUGCCAUUGGCAAUAAGAAUGUUGCACUUGAUGUUAGGUUCUCUUGUCCACAAUUUCGAUUGGAAGCUUGAGGAAGGGGUAAAAAGUGAGGAUAUGAGUAUGGAAGAUAAGUUUGCCUUAACUUUACAGAUUGCUCAUCCGCUAAGAGCCAUUCCUAUUCCAGUCUAUAGCUGCACAGAAGAAUUUUCUUGGUUUAGUCGAAGAACAGUCCCCUACCUUGCAAUCCAAAGCUUCGUGCUAUAA